AUGACGUUUGCCUCCAACUGCCUCCAACUACCUCCAACAGCCUCCAACCGCCUCCAACUACCUCCAACUGCCUCCAACUACCUCCAACUGCCUCCAACUACCUCCAACAGCCUCCAACUGCCUCCAACUACCUCCAACAGCCUCCAACCGCCUCCAACUACCUCCAACAGCCUCCAACUGCCUCCAACUACCUCCAACAGCCUCCAACAGCCUCCAACUACCUCCAACAACCUCCAACUGCCUCUAACUACCUCCAACGGCCUCCAACUACCUCCAACAGCCUCCAACUGCCUCCAAUGGCCUCCAACUACCUCCAACUGCCUCCAACUACCUCCAACAGCCUCCAACUACCUCCAACUGCCUCCAAUGGCCUCCAACUACCUCCAACAGCCUCCAACGGCCUCCAACUACCUCCAACAGCCUCCAACUGCCUCUAACUACCUCCAACUGCCUCCAAUGCCUCCAACCGCCUCUAACUACCUCCAACUACCUCCAACAGCCUCCAAGUACCUCCAACAGCCACCUACCGCCUCCAACUACCUCCAACAGCCUCCAACUACCUCUAACUACCUCCAACAGCCUCUAACUACCUCCAACAGCCUCCAACCGCCUCUAACUACCUCCAACUACCUCCAACAGCCUCCAAGUACCUCCAACAUCCACCUACCGCCUCCAACUACCUCCAACUGCCUCCAAUGGCCUGCAGCCACCUCCAGCUGA